AUGGCCCAAAACAAGUCCAUUUUGCUUACAUUCUUCGUCAUUUUCUUCAUAGGAUUCUCCUCCAUCCAGGGAAGAACUCUCAAGUCUAGUAGUGAAGCCAUCCAAGUUGCUCAUCAGCCACUCGGCGAAGCAGUUGCCGCAACACCGGAGCUGGUGCCGCCACCGCCUCCAAGCCACGAUGUUAAUGAUUUUAGACCAACGGCCCCUGGUCACAGCCCCGGUGUUGGACAUUCCGUUCACAACUAA